AUGGCGAAGGUAAAGAACGCGAGCGGUCGACAAUAUGAGUCAUAUCGAGGUCCUGCGGAACAAGCACAAGUUCAACCGGAACAACCCACAGAAGAUUCGACAAUGAAUGAGGCGGAGGAUCCCCGUUCGGAAGACCACGAAGUUCAAGAACAGGAGAAGUCACACGAUGGGAAUGAAGAAGAAACCGGGAAUGAGCAUGAUGAGGACGAAUCUCAACCACUUCCACCAGAAAGCUUUUUCUUCAGUCCAAAGCAAUAUGGGAAUAGUUGCAAGAUAGCAUCGAGAUGUUAUGUGAAGGAGACAGUGAAUGAGAUAAAGAAGUAUCCUAAUGAGUUGGAGUUUUUCAGAAAGCAUCCUCAGUUCAAGCAUAUAUUUCACAUCAGAGAGGAGCCAAACCGCAAGUCGCAAGGACUAUGGAUGCUGCUACUUCAUCAUGCUAGGACGGAGAAGGAGAAUGAGCCGUGGUUUGUGGUCACUGGAGUACCGAUCAGGUAUUCUAUCAAAGAGCAUGCCUUGUUAACUGGUCUAGAUUGCCACGACUACCCAAGAAACUACAAGGAUCUCAAGAGUAAGAAGAAAGGCGAUUAUAAGUUUGUGAAAAAGUGGUUUGGAAGGUCAACGGAGAUAACAAUAGCAGAUGUUGUAGCCAUGCUAGGUUCAAUGAACAGCUCGGUUAACAAGAAGAAGAUGGCGCUUCUGUACUUCCUUAGCAAUGUGUUAAAGGCAAAGUCUAAGGUGGAGGGGAAUAUAGAGCCAUUUCUGCUGAAAGUUGUUGAUGAUUUGAAGCUGUGCGAAACAUUUCCAUGGGGCCGCUAUACAUUUGAUGAUUGUAUUGCCGAGGUGAAGAAGAUAAUGAAUAAGUUCAAGAGAGGCAUCGUGAAGAAGGGAGAUACAUGGUGCUUCUCAGGUUUCAAUCUACCUCUGGAGGCUUUUGCAUUUGAGUGUAUCCCUGAGCUGGGACGUACAUUUCGUGAGAGGGUAGAGGCAGAGGAAGAAUGUCCCAGGUUGUGCAAGAACAUGUUCAAGGAGACGCAUAUGAAGGGAUAUCCUUUAUCUUCUAUUAAUGACGCGAUCGGAACCAGCAAGAAUAUCAUUAGCAUUUUGGAACCCACCCCAGAUGAGGAAACUCUGAUGGAGCGUAUCAUAGAGGCUGGUUGUGAUGAUGGCAUAGGCUAUGUGGAUCCUAUUGUUGAGGGUUGGAGAAGCCAUCUAAUCGAUAAGAAGAAGAAGAUAUUUUGGGAAUCCUUGUACGAGGCUGAUGUGGCAGGGAGAGAGUUUACCGAGAAUGAAGAUGAAGAACCCGAGAUGAGGUCUGACGUUGUGGAGCUUAAGGAAGUAAUAAAGGCAUUCAUGGAGAGAAUGGACGUGAUUGAAGCAGUGGCAAAGGAAAUAAAGGACACGGUUGGGGCUAUGAAUACGAGACUCAUAGAAUCGGAAGAGGAGGAAGUGGAGGAUGAAGAGAAGGAAGAGGCGGAAGUGGAGGAUGAAGAGAAGGAAGAACAUGAGGUGGAGGUGGAGGAUGAAGAGAAAGAAGAAGAGGAAGAACGUGAGGUGGAGGUGGAGGAUGAAGAGAAAGAAGAAGAGGAAGAACCACCAAGAAAAAGGCAGAAACCGUUAGCAGUAGAGAGGAUUGAACGUCCACAGAGGCAUGCUAAGCCUGCAGCUGCGAAGCGUAGUCCUUACGUGCCUGGCCGGGCAAAGGCGACUGGCAAUGUGAAGGCAAAGAAAACCGUGCCAAAGGGAAAGAAGGGAGCUGUAGCCAAGAAGAAAGGAAAAGGGAAAACCAAGUAG